GGGGUUCCCAGGAAUCGCGUUCUCACUACUGGCGACCAUGUCGACGUCGCCUCCGACGGCAAGUGCUACGACGCUCACGCCACCUUCUCUCCCUCUCGACGCCGCGCCCAUAUCAGCAGCCACCGAACACCCAUUCCUCACCGCGCCGGGUGGGCACGCUCCCUCCCGCCAAGAUAGGCUGUUCGCCGCACACGGUGGUCCCGCGUUUAUCGGUAGAACGUUGGCUGCUGUCCCGUUCUCGGAGCGCAAGAACAAGGAGAUUGUGCGCGCACUGAGCUACGGCCUAGCGAAUGUAGUACGGGAGGUGGACUACUUCGGCGAUAUCGCCCGUGAGCAUGGCUUGCAAGCGGAGGGGUGGAAGGAGCGCAAGGCGACGAGAGACUACACGGCUGAAAUGGCUAGGGUCGGUGUAGAGGGCAGAAUCGAAGACGCGUUGAUCUACUUGGACUCGUGGCGAUACGUUGGGUCGUUGAAGCCAGUCAACGCCGAGGGCGGCACUGCACCCGCAGUCAAGUCGCUCGUCAACAACUGGACCAAUCCGGAGUUCGUCAAGUUCGUCGACGAACUCGCUCAGAUUGUGAACAGUCUUGGCAUCGAACCUGGUACUCCUGCAUGGAUACGUGCCGAGGCUAUAUGGGCUCGGGUCGUUGAAUUGGAAGAGGCGUUUUGGCCCGCCGGGGGAGAGGAGCUCACCCUGCGCUUAGCGAGAAGAUAUAGAAUGCGUAGAUAACUUGAACUAGCACAAGUUUUGCGGUGUACUUGUAUGGCCGGAGGACGUGGAAUGUCUGUUGAUCAUAAGACACAUGAGGUAUUAGCAAGACAGAUUCAGAGCAGUGCGGAAAGUCCAAAGCUUCAAAGCUUCAUGAACAAGCUAUGAUGUAGAACAGUC